AUGACGGACGAUUGUGGCUUCUUCCCGAACCAGCCAUGGGAGCAUACCAGCACCCUGUGUUCCGAGAAGCCUUGUCCACGGAGCUCUUUCGACCUGGACGAGUGGCCGCAGGUCCGAGAGCCCUUCCCCGCCGGCCUACACGUAUGCAGGCAGUCUCGAUCUAUAAUACUCGAUGCUCUGAAGCGGAGACGUACGAAAAAGAGACGUGAACGGAAAAAAGAAUGGCGGCAGAAACAGCAGCAGCAGCAGCAGCAAGAGGAAAAAGACAAGAAGCAGGGCUACCACUAUAACCAGCCCCCGGCCACACUGCGGCCAUUCCUGCCAAACAUGGACAUCUUGUACCUUGACAUGGGCGCCGCUCCGGCCCGGUACCACCGGAGGAAGGCCAGCCGGAAGGCCUGGGAGGACAGGUCUCGGACGCACCUCUUCGAGGUCAUCCAGGGGCAGCGUCGGACGUACCUCUCCGAGGUGACGAAAUUAGCGCUGCCGUUCGGUAUGUUCUCGCCCGAAUAUCCACACAUGCAGCACGUCGUCUGCGGGAUCCUGGCGCUGCUGCCGAUUCAAGAACUUCACGUUGUAUUUGACCGGAGCAUAUGGUCUGACCAAGGCUUUCGGGGGUGGCACGACGAUGAAGAUGAGGAUGACGACUGCGAAGACACGUCGUCCGUAUCAUCACUAACAUCAUCGCUGAUAUCAUCGCCUAUAUCCCGGCCCAUAUCACCAUACCCGUCACCGCCCGUGUCGUGGACGAUAUCCCCACCAAAGACGCCGCAGCUCAACCAGAUGCUUGAUGCCUCCAAGUUGAAGAGUUGGAUGGCGGCUUGCUGGCCGCAGGGUCACCAGGGGGCGGCGUUGAAGAGCGAGGGGGUGUUGGGCAUACUGUCGAAUGGUAUUGUUGUCAAACCCGGGCUCUUGGUCCGGUCGACAGGGUGGGAAUAG